UUUGCAGGCUUCAUGUGCAUGAAUACUGUUGAAAACAAAAGAUUUUUCUUUUCAAUUGGUGAUUUAAACGCUAACUACCUGUAGUUUUGUAUGAUUAGACAUAGCAGACGCUUAUGGCGUCAGCAAUGACUCAGUCUCCACCAAUCACAAAGCUUCAUCGAUGGCGUGCGGAAGUGCGCAAACAUCGCAUUGCAACUCAAAGCUAAAAGGAAACCAUCAUGAAUGCGUACGAAUUUUACUUGUCGACUUGCAAAUAUGUGCUUUUGGCAGAUCCAUCUAAGAAAAGUACAUGGGCUGACCUCUAUGGCUACCUUCCAUGUCUGCGACAGAUGCUGUCUUGCUGUGUUUGUGGAAACAUCAUGCUGAAACCAAAAGGUCCGAGCCAUGGCAUUUGUUUACAUCAUGUCUGCGCAUCGUGUAUCGGCGGCAAAAUGCGGCUUCGACCCGCGUGCAGUUGGUGCCGAACGCACGAGGGUUUCGUCGAAAAUCCUGGUAUGCGUCUUCUUAUUCUUUGUUUUAAAAGAAUGUGUGAGUACAUUAACAGCAGUCCAAUCGGGCAAGAAAUUCGUAAAUCUGCGACGAACGGCGCGCAUACAAACACUCUGAUUAAAAUUCUCGAUGAAGCAGCAGCCUUCGAAGACGAUUACGUCAUCAAUAACAAGGUGAUGCCAACGUGCGUUCCUACUUAUGGCAUGGCCCCAGAACCAAAACUUGUGUCUCUUCCGAGGGGUCAUUUGACCCCGGGUUCAAGUAGCGGCGGGGGUCGUACAGCAGGUGGGCGCAUGCGUAGUGACAGCGGAGCCUCUGCGACCAGCCAUUCUGAGAAGGAUAGCACCACACCUCUUGCACACGAAGUGGUACACAAGGCCCACGAUAAAGAGAAGCCAGCUUCAAGCAAUGGGCCUUUGAAGCUGGCAAAGGUUGAAGAUGAGUAUGAGAAGAUGCCUGCUUUACUGGCUCCAUGUACAAGAGGGAUGGAUUCACAAGAAAAACUUUCUCCUCCACUGCCUGGGACACAGCGAGCAGAAGCCCAUGAGUUCCAAGGAAACAGCUCCUGGUCAGGUCUCAGUAGAAGAGGCAGGGGUCAGAAUUUCAGCAAGCCCUUAACUGUUGCAUUUAAGCGCUCGACUGUCAAACCGAAAGGUUUAACAGGUGUGAGGACAACUGGAAAUGGACAGUCUCAUCUGAAGUCAAAAUCUAAGCUGAAAAAUGGAUUGCUGAUGCGGCAGACAAAAUUAAAAAUUAAAGGGAAAUACCAGAGAAAAAAAAAAACCUUUAAGCAUGAGAUUGACUUCGAGCCACCUUGUAAAAGAACACGCCUUGCAUCUAGUAUGACUACAUCAGACAGUGUAAUGCGUAUCGCGAAACAAAAAACUUGUAAAUGUGCCCGUCUGAACGCUCCCUCUCGUCUGACAUGCUUUGGACAGCGAUGCCCAUGCUAUAGUAAUCAUCUCCCAUGUACAGAUUGCAUGUGCCGUGGUUGCAGAAACCCUUGUAAGGGGCCUUCAAAUCACCAUCGAGAUGAUGACAAAGAGAAAUCAGAUGGUGAACAUGAUCCUCCUAUGCCUCGACUUUCUCCGGAACCACGGAUGUAAAUCAGUGGGCAAAUGAAGUGACUCAUCGUGAUGGCCCACAUUUGUAUAUAGUUUCAUCUGCAGCUUUAAUGUAUAUUUUGAAUUAGACACAAAGUUUUAAAUUUUGUUAGUGUUAAGGAAAGUAAGUUGCAUGAUAUCUACAAUUUACUGGUAGGUUGGGUUGAUGUGAGCUACAAGAAGAUAUACAUAGGAGAAGCCAAGAAUUGAAAGCAGAAAUUUAGGCAGCUGCUUUUUUGCGGGGAAAGCUUUUUAAAUUUUUUUUUUUUCUGGGGAAGAAGGGGUACACUUUGGUGUAGAAUCGAUGGCAGAAGAAAUAUAAAGAUUUUUGUUUCCUCUUGCAUGACGUAAUCUGUGCUGUCAUUAUUUAGUGGCUGUAGAUGGAGUUGAACAAAUUGUUUUAUAUAAUGGUACCUCAAUUACAUUGUAGAUAAUUAACAUCAUUUUGGAAAGUGUUCAGUUAUUGUAUUACCUAGACAUUUUUGUAAGUUCACUUCUCUUUCCCUAGCAUGUGACAUUUUGAACUGCAUGCCUAAGUAUUGUUUGAAGUAUGGUGCUCUCAUAUUGUACUUACAGUGUUGACUAUCUCACUAACCAUGCCUCAUUCCAGAAUGGAUUUACCCUAGAACUAUUUCCCCUUACAGGUCAUACAACUUCUUUAAGACACAACCCAUGCCUCUCACCCAACGUUUGUGUUGAACAGAUGGCAGUGAGCUAUGUUGGGAUUGUACAUCAUUUAUAAAUGUGCUACAUAUGCAGCCCCUUCAAAAUUAGUUUUGACGUCCUAAACCUCUUAGUUUUGGUCUAGAGUGCAUGAACAUUAGCAGAGUGCAUUGUAACACAGAUUGUUGUGUAGAUUUGAGACAGUUCCUUUAGUGUGCUCUUGAAAUGUGUGUAUGCACAAUUUCUUGUUACAACAACAAAAUUAAAAAGUAAUAUAGAGGUCAAGCAAUGGCUAAGGUACAAAAUUUGUGGGAGACAAAAGCAAGGUACAUGUAGAUGGAAUUACUGGGUAUUAUAUGCUCAUUACUUCAUUUUUUUACAUAUUGUCUCAGUAACAUGAAGGCAUGAUAUGAUAUAAAGCGGGUUAAAAAAAACCAACAUGGAAUAUUCAGCAACAAGAAUGCUGUUUAAAAAAAAAGGAAUCAAUUUAAAUCUCUGAUUGGCGUUUAAAAGGAUAUACCUUAAAUGUUUUUUCUUUUUAAAAUGUUUUGAUAUUGAUAUAAAAUGUAUAUUAUUCUCUGGGAUUUUUGUGUAAGAAAAUAUGUUUUUCCAUCUCACCAAAAUCCUGCAGAAAUUGUGACUUUAAUUACAAGCAUUAUCUCCUUUGAUUAUGAGUUAAUGAUCUUUUUUGGACUUUUAGGAUGUUCUGUAAUAUGCUGAGGAAAAAAGUAGGUAUUCUUUCAAGCUAUCUUCAUCUUUUCUUGAUCCCUUUCAUUUUUCAAGUUGUGCUUUCAAGAGCAGUCAGAAAAUGCAUGAAGUUGAUUUGAAAAUCCUGGCAGAUGAAACAGUUUCUUUUUUUGGAGGAAAUGAACAGUGUCCCAUUCAAAGAGCUUGAUAGUCAUGUAUUAAUGUAUUACAAUAAAUGCCUGAAUGCACACAUAUGUGAAUGCUUGGUUGCAUCUACACAAAUCACAAAUGCAGACAAGUGUAGUUUUGUUGUGAUAUUUUUGGUAGGCAUUGUUAAAAAAUACUGUACAGAUUAUUGUGAUGUCUGCAAAAUUUUGUGCUAGAGAUUUCAGUGCAGUUUUACAAGAGCCAAUCUGCAUUUAUCAUUUAAUAUGCACAAGUAGCCAGGCUGCUUCACCAGCAGUUCAGGAAAGUUUUCUUCUUUGUUAAAUUUGUUAACGGUGGCAUGCAAAAAAUGGAGAUGAAUAUCCUUUCAAUUCAAAUCAUGACCAAUAUAAGUUUUGCGUCAAUGCAGGGUAUCUGCAUUGCAUUGUAUUGAAUUGUAAAGCCAUUUGUACCCUGCUGCUAAUAUUUUACCAUCAUACCAUGACAACGUCAUCAUCAGUUAAUAUUUUCUGCUAGAACAGCUGCAUCAUUUUGUUUAGCUACUUCAACUUUGUUUAGCAAUUAAGGUUAUUUUGUGAUCAUGAUACAUAAAUACAAGUGUGUUUUUGAAACAUAAUCACACCUUAAUGCUUGCUGAAGGUGUAAUUUUGGAGAACAAAAGUAUAUUAGGUUUUAGAGUGCAUUUACUUUAGGUAAAUCAUCCCAUGGUUUUCAUGGUUUUCAUGAAGUAUCCUGAUCAAAAUCCUUGUAAAAGCUGUUUGUCAGAUUUUAUCUGUGUUGAAGUCAGCAUUUUAUUGUUUUAUUAAUUUCUAGCCUGUAGCCUCUCUGCCUUGUAUUCUUGCUGGGAAAACUUGACACUUUGCUUCCAUGUUACAAUCUAGUGUUUUACAAGGAAAUGAAGCAGAAUUGUGUUAAGAAAGAGUUUCAGAUCUACUGACCAUUUUGGUAUGGAAUAUAAACCAAUGGUUUGUUUUGGCCUUAGCUAGAGAUAAGUCUGUGCUAUAUUUGUAUUCAAGUGCUAGCAUCUCUGUCUUUAAUAUUUUAUUAAAUGUUUUAUGACAGUGUUUUGAGUCUUGUUUUUUUUUUUUUUAAACCUUUGUUAUCCAGCAGCGAGCACUGAAGCUAGAAUAUGUUUUGUAGCUAGAUGCUCAAUUUCAAAUGUCAGCUUCAUAACAAGGCUUUUGCUUUUGCAUGUCUGUUUGAUGCACUCGAUAUAGGAGUACAAUGUUUGAAACUGGUGAACAACUAAACAAAAUGUUCAGUGUUCCAUCAUUUAUCACUGCGAGAGGACCAGCCUAAAACUGGGCCAAAGGCAAAAAAACCAGCUAUAUGAAAUUUGAAUUUUUCAGAGAAAAUUAGCUUUUAAAAUUAUGAACAUUUUGCAGUGUAAAGAAUCUGUUGCUAAGCAGAUGCCAACGGUCAACCAGUCAACUACUUUCGUCACCUCUUAGUAAACCAUACUUGCUUUUGUGUCUUUACACUAGCUGGGGUGAAGAUAGAUUACCUUAAAAAAAAUUUCUUGUGUAUGUUAUGUGUAUAAAGAGUGAAUACUUUAUUCUGUCACAUGGUGUUACUUAAGGUCUUUAUUUUUUUAGAUCAUAUUUAACACUUAUAUGAGCAUUCAGAAGACAUUUGGAUAAUUCUUUUAAGGCCUUAAGAAGCCUUAUUGCUUGUUCAUCUUCUCACACUGUCUUUUAUGAAGGGUCUGAAUUUUUGUAUGAAAUUUGUUUGUUGUUCUGUAAAUCAGAGAUUAAACAGAUUCUGGAUUUAGUUUAAUCUUAUUAUGUAUUUAAUGUGAAUUAAAGCCUGUAAGUCAAACAAACUUAAACUCAGCGAUGAUAAAACGGAAGCCCUUUUAUGUUCGAGAAGAAGAAAUCCAUCUUCACUCGUUUGUCCACCAAAUCACAUCAAGGUGGGAGAAACCAUCUUCUUGGCAUCUUCUGUCAGGAACCUGCAGACACGAUCGACUCUUGCUAAACAAGCUACAUCUGUCAGUCUGCCUAUUACGAGCUACACAGCGCCAUCAAAUUCUGUCUAUGUGAGCUACCAACACUAUUGUCUGUGCAUUUGAUCUAUCCAGGCUUGAUUACUGCAACACCUUGCUUGCUGGGUGUCUUGCAUACCUUCUUCACAAACUCCAGAAAUCCAUCACACAUCUUGUGCUUAGAGCUAGGAAACAGGACCACACCUCCCUUCUACUUCGUUUUCUAGCUUCCCAUCUGUUCUUGCAUCCAGCAUAAACUGGCCAUGCUGUGUUUUCAUUUCUUUGCUGGCACCUGCUCUGAUUAUUUCUCUGAACUUGCUCUUUCUCCCUUACAUCCCAGCUAGACAAUCCACUCCUCGUCUGAUGAUCGUCUCCUUACUCUUCCUGUCACCAAAACAACAUAAGGCCAAAGGAUUUUUAGUUAUUGUGCUGCAAAAUAAUUGAACUCUCCCUUUCAGUAUCCGCCAUGUACCCACUAUUGAAUCCUUUAAAUGUGCAUUGAAAACGCACCUCUUCCGAAAACAUUACUCCUAACAACCUUUUCCAUAAUGCUAGUCGUUUUUCACACCCUUUUGCAAUAUCAUGUUACUCUCAACUCUUGUUCUUGAGUUCCUUUUUGUGUUUUCUCUAUUUGAUUUUAUUUUUCAUUAGUACUGUUGUUUAUUCUUUUAUAGUUCAUGUGUUGUUUUCCUGUACCUCGUAUGUGAUCCAUGUUUCGUUCUUGUUAAGCGCUAAAAGCAUACUCCUUAGGAGUGUGAGAUUGGGUUUUACAAAUUUUGCAUUUAUUAUCAUUAUUAAGAUUUUUUUUGUUAUUUAUCACACUCUUGUGCACAUAGUUUCAGGUGUUAUAUUUUUUAGGAAGGUCUAACCUUUAAACAUUUUAAUUAUUUAAUUUCAUUGGCUUCUGUGCAAUGAUAAAUGUUUUUUAAAAUCAGAAUUUGUUUUGAGUUAACAAACAUUUGUUUUGCAUACAGCUGCUCAUAUUGUGGCAUUCUGAGAAUGAAAAUCGCAGAAUACUUGCAAUAAUGAAAUGGGUUACACAGUUUAAAUCUUGUACAUUUCUGGACAGCAAUGAAAUUUUGAUUUAUACUCUAGACUAAGCUGUUUUGGAUCAAAUGGAUGGUCUGUAACUUUCAAAACAAUGAGUUAUUUAUGGGCUGGUAAGUGUUAAUUAGACCAAACUUCUGAUGAAUUGUUACUUAGAAGUAACCAACUACUUAAGAAAAAGUACCUAACUUUUCAUUGGUUUUGUGUUUGGUACUGAGAAAUAUAUUUUUGACUGACCUGGUGUACACGAUGGAACAUUUUCAAGUUUUGCUGUUGACUUUGAGAGGAGGGAAUUGUUGAACAUCAAAAAUAAAUUUCUUUCAAAAGUUA